UGUGAUGUUGGUGACGGUAGAAAGCAAAACGCACUACGAGUGUUCGAUUUUUACGGUGAAAAUUCGGGUGCAAAAUCGAUUCCAAACCGAGCGAAAUAAGCUGAAAAAGUGAAUUAAGUGUCCCUUGAAUGGUGUGCGAAUGCAAUUCCGGCAAAAAAUAACCUGUGAUCAUACAUUCGAUCAACCCUGACAACACUGGCCGUUGUUUCGGGGUAGCUCUUCAAUCAUCAUCGCCAUCAUCAUAAUUAUCUUGGACUGCGGCGAAUGAAAACGGGUUCAUUGUUUUGUUGUGUGUGCGUUACCUCUGUCGGUACAUAACAUCAGCAGCAACAGUAGUAGCAGCAGCAGUUGUAGUAGUGAUCGUGUAUGUUUGUGUGCGUUUUUAUGUGCAUCUUGUCCCUCUGCUAUACGAGCGCAGAACGAGAGUAGUCAGACACAGAAAAGAUGGCCGAUCUGGACGCAGUGAAUCUCGGUCUGGACGAAACAGAACGAGAUAUUGCGGAAGCGCUGGAGAAUAGCUACGAUACGAGGAGUGAGGCGUCUCACGCAAGUUCCGACAGUACCACGACGAAUCCCAGUAUCAGUGAGGUAAGCUCCGAUUCCUCGGACGACGAUGAUGACGAAGAAGAUGACGACGAGAAUACCGAGCGGAGAAAUUCUGCUGACAAAAAGCAACAGCAAAAGAAGAAAGCCAAGAAGAAGGAGGAGAAAGAGCCCAAAAAAGAUGGGGAAAAAGAUGGCGGAAGUAGCGGUGGAACUGCCGCGGCGAAUAACAGUACCAAGAAGGAGCGGAAAUCUCGCAGUCGGAGCCCACAGACGGCGGCCACGACUACUGCCACGGAAAAUAAACGAAGCAGAACGAAAAAUAGCUCCGUGAAAAAUUCCGUCAAAUCGUAUGAUUACAUUACUAAAAUUAACUAUCUCUUCCGAGAGACUCGUUUCUUCUUGAUCAAAUCGAAUAACACGGAAAAUGUCACCAUUUCGAAGACAAAGGGCGUCUGGUCCACCUUGCCACCGAAUGAGGCUAAUCUGAAUCAGGCGUUCCGAGAGAGCCGCAAUGUUGUACUGGUAUUUUCUGUCAAAGAGAGUGGCAAAUUUGCCGGAUUCGCUCGCAUGGCAGCUGAAGCUCGUCGGGAUUUACCGGCAGUUGAAUGGGUACUUCCACCGGGAAUGUCUGCCAAGGCGCUUGGAGGUGUUAUCAAAAUCGAUUGGGUGUGCAAAAAAGAGCUUCCGUUCACAAGUACUACCCACUUGUAUAAUCCAUGGAAUGAAAAUAAACCGGUGAAAAUAGGACGAGAUGGGCAGGAAAUUGAACCGAAGGUGGCGGAAGAAUUGUGUAGAUUAUUCCCGGAGGAUACAUCAGUUGAAAUGACACCAAUUCUAAAGAAAUCGAAGGAAGCAUCCAAAUUGAUGAAAGAGAAGGCUGCUUCCAAAUCGUUCCGGCGUCCGCCGAACUUUUCGCGCCCUUCAAGUUCGAUGAUGCGAGGUGGCCGAGGAGGAGGAGGAGGUGGUGGUGGUGGUGGUGGAGGUGGUCCGAUCCGCGGUGGUCGAAGGAAGAUAUUUCAUGGAAAAGGACGCCCAGGGAUGUUCCCUCCAUAUCGCAAGGAUCUUCGUCGUGGGCAUGGUCCUCGUAUGCCUCAUGGAGCUGCUGCCGCAGCUGCUGCAGCAUCCGCUGCUGGUUUUCACAGUUGGGAACGCUAUAGCAGUACCGCUGCAGCCGAAGCAUACGUUGCCGAUUAUAUGCGCACAAUGCAGCAUCAGUUGCCUCCCAUGCCGUACGCUCCGCCGCCAGGAUUCCCUGGAAUGCCGAUGCCGUACGAAGGUUUGCCACCACCGCGCUAUUAUGAAGGCUUACCUAUUCCCGAUUAUCCCCUUCCGCCGGGAGCUAUCCCUGGAAGCGUAACUGGUGCAGCCGGUGUUCCGCCUCCACGUGGUAAUCCGUACGACAAAUACGAUGAAUUCAUGUGGAAACCACCACCGGGAGGUGCUCCCGGUACAACAUCGAUUCCCACUUCGGCGGCAGGUGGAUUGCCCUCGAUGAAAGGCCCUCCUCCACCGCUACCGAACUAUCAUAUUCCACCACCGGUGGUACCACUGUCGGCUGGCGGUGGCCCGUCCCACGGUCGCAAGAACGAUCGAGACGACAAUCGUGGUCAGCGGGAUCGUGACCGGAAUCAUCGGAACGAUCGCAGCCAUCGCGGUGGCAGAGGCUAUCACAACCGGGAACGACGAUGAUUUGAAGCCUCUCCCGUUUCACAUCGGACGUCAUCCAGCAGAUACCGCUAAGCUGCGUCCUUACCUGCACAUAAGUUACUGCUCCGUGUGAUAAUUCAUCGAUGGAACUACCACAUGCAAUUAUUGAUUUUUACGAGCCAGAGAAGAAAAAUAACCAACUUUGAUUAACAACAUCAUAUUUAUCAUCAUCACCUGCAUCGGCUACCCAAUUGAUACUUGGAGUAGUUUGCCACACCGACAAAUGGAGCAGAGAAUCUUCGUAUCAUCUUAUCCAGCAGCCUAGUGAAAUUAUCUAGUUUAUUAGGUAGACGUCGUCGCCGUCACGUGGAGGCUGUAGUGAAACUUUUCAGUGAUCUCGUUCCCUCGUAUCGUUUUGCUAUAUGGCGAAACGGAAGAAGACAGUGCUUUUUGUGUUGGCAUUUUGCGUAGCCCAUCCCAUUUGAAAAUCGACAGUGAAGAAACUAAAAUGAAGCUCGACGGUUCCUCUUAACGGACUUAGGCCUUUGUCAGUGUGGUAUUUUCCCGAAGAAAGCAAGUGAUUUUUCCAGUCCGUAAAAUAUGGAUUUUAUUGGAAGAAGAAACAGAAGAUUACAUCAAAGUUUGGGAAGAACUUUCCUAACAGAUUCAUGAUGAGCAAAUCUGUUCCAUGUAGAAACGACAAAAAAAAAGUAUUCUCACAUCAAUAGGAAGAAAGUUCAUACAGUUAAGAAAACAUCUUUGUGAUUGUCUAUCGACGGAAAGGCGGAAGUAGCAUGGACACAGUGCUAAAGUGGAUCUCGAUCAUCUCCAUGGUAGAAAAGAAAAGUGUGUUACAGACAAUCUGAAGAAAAGAAAAAAAAAAUACAAAAAAUUAAUAAUUGUGUAAUCGUGUUUAGAAAGUUUAAAAUUGCAAACAAAACAAAACUACAAUUAUUACUACUGCUAGUAUGCUACUAAGAUAUUUACCUACUCUAUAUGAUGCAACAAAUACAUAACUACUAUGUAUCGACAGGCAAAGCAAACAACAACAACAAAUGAAAUUUAAAUUAUGAACUUUUACUAGUAAUCAAAUAAAGGUUAAGAAACAACCCAACCGAGUGAGAUGAACUUUUUCCCAAACUUACCAGUGUGAAUACCAAAGAAACGGUGGUGCUUCGAACAGUAGCCAUGAACUGUUCGCCUACACAAAAAAAAAAUUGGUGGUGUGAAUUUUGGUGGCAUUCGUCCGCGUUGGGUGGCAAUGCACUGUGCAAAAUGAAAUGGACUGGGCAAUACCGAAACAUGUGAGAUACCAAACCCAAAUUGGACUUUCCUGAUACCAUCCAAAAAAAAACCCCCCUCGGGUGCGACUCGUACUGCAUCUGCGGGAAGAAUCACAUUUAAGAGGAAACCUUUCGAAUGAUAGAAGAGAAAUUGUGAUAACGAGAGCCGACAUCCGGCCGAGUGUGGUGAAAUCUUAUGGACUUAGCUAUACGAAAUUCAACUGUUCAAAUGGGACUGAUUUUUAUAAAAUCGCAGCAAAAUGUGUUCUCUCUACGUACUACUGAGGUGACAUCGAAACCAACAAAACCUAAGAGACUGCAUUUUGUUAUAAGAUCUUGCAAUUAACCUACAUGCAAAUGCUGCUCACAGUGAGCAGGCAGGAGCAAAACGUUUAUUUGGAUUCCAUGAAUCCGAUUCCGCUUUCUUCCAUCUAAACAAGCAGGUGCUUUUUUACAAGCAUCGCAACUGGACUGAAACUGUACAAUGCAAAACCAAA